AUGGGAUUGAGAUUGGGAUUGGGAGAAUUUUUCCUAAUAACUUUUGCCGCAGAGAAGUACAACACCAAAAUUGUGGCAAAAUCUGAAUCUCCCCUCAAUUUUGCUCAACUCUCUGCUCUCUCGCUCGUUUUAGGUAUCAAAAAGGCGAUUUAUCAAGAAGAGCGAAGGAUUAGGUCAUACUGUAUUGUUUUCGAAUGGGGAAAGUCGGCAAGGAAGGAGAGCCGAAGCAUUGAUGUUGCUGUUCUCGAAGAACAAGUUAAUCAGAUGCUCAAAGAAUGGAAGAAUGAACUCAACGAGCCUUCCCCUGCUUCUUCUUUACAACAGGGUGCGAGUGUAGGACCCUACUCCCCUGACAUAAGCAGACUUUUACAGCUAUGUGAUGAAGAAGAUGAUGCAACCAGUGGGUUAGCUGCCCCAAAACCUGAUCCAGAUAAUGGGUUGCAGGGUUUUACUGUUAAUCACACAACUCAACAACAAAGCUUCCAGUUACUUGAUCAAUGCAAAGGUUCUCCUUCAGGUGUUAACAAUACAGAUAUCACCAAUCAAUUGGAUUACUUUUCAUUUGAUUUACCCCAUGAUUUUGAACAAAACUUCUUUACUGGAAUUGAUGGCAUGGGACUAUGCACAAGGGGAGAAGACACAUCAUCACCUCAAAUCACCACCUUUCUUCCCACUUUAUCCCCUCCCCCUUCUGCUUUCUUGGGACCAAAAUGUGCCCUUUGGGAUUGUCCAAGACCUGCACAAGGCUGGUGUUCUGAUAGGCCUGUUCAAGGUUGGUUUCUUGACUAUUGCAGCAGCUUGCAUGCUGCAAUUGCUCAAAAUGAAGGCCGAUUUGGGAUGACACCUGUCAUACGCCCUAAAGGCAUUGAGUUGAAAGACACGUUACUUUUUGCUGCCCUUAGUGCAAAAACACAAGGGAAAGAUGUUGGAGUUCCUGAAUGUGAAGGAGCUGCCACUGCAAAAUCUCCAUGGAAUGCCCCUGAGCUGUUUGAUCUUUCGGUUUUUGAGGGGGAAACAAUACGGGAGUGGCUGUUCUUUGAUAAGCCAAGAAGGGCGUUUGAGAGUGGAAACAGAAAACAAAGAUCACUCCCUGAUUACAACGGGCGUGGUUGGCAUGAAUCAAGAAAACAAGUGAUUAAUGAAUCUGGAUGGCUAAAAAGAUUGGAAUUGAAGCUUGUUGAUGGGAAGAAAAGUCCAAAGGGAAAGAUUGCAAACGAUUCACUUGCUGAUCUUCAAAAGCAAAUGGGAAGACUUACUGCUGAGUUUCCAUUGGAUAAUAGUUAUAAUAAUAAUAAUAAUAAAAGGUCUGUUAAAGGAAGGGGAAAGGGGAAUUUGAAAGACAAGAAUGGAGGUGCAACUGUGUAUCCAAUGGUGGCAAGUGAUGAUGGUGCGCCAUUUAACUAUCUUGUUGAUGAUGUUGGUGGGUACUACUUAACAUAA